AUGCUCAUGGCACUCAGAAGGUUGAACAAGAACCUCGCCGUUGUCAAUGACAAGGCAGAACCUCCCAAGGUCACCGCCGAAGGCGACUAUUUCCCGUCGGCCCUUUCACCGACUGCUGUCCCGCCUGCUCCUCUCAUUCCCUUGGACGCUGUCACGCGAGCCUGGGUAGACGAGCGUACUGCCCAGCUGGCCGAGGCGAGAGCGCAACACGUUCUGUCCAGGCCACUUCGGGUGGACGAUGCAGUAACAUGGAUCGAGGGCAGUCAGAGACGACAGCGACCGCUCAUGGCUAUGCCAUCCUAUGUAUUGGCCACCGAGAAAGAGUAUCCAUGCCGCGGAUUGUGGAAUGACGAUGUUGCCUGGAGCGGGACCCAAGGCUUGUGA